AUGCGUGCCAUGCCAACGCACAACACACUGGCACACAUAUACACCGUUCACUACCCUAUGACACCACCUUCACAGGCCUCGAGCUCGAACUCAGCGGCGGUCAACGAACGCGAACGCAAGCCCAAGCGCAAACGCGUCUCGCGAGCGUGCGACCAAUGCUUUCUGAAAAAAGACCGUUGCGAUGGCGUGCAACCGAUCUGCACCUUCUGCUCCACGCUCGACCGAACGUGCACAUACGACCGACCCGAACGCAAGCGUGGCCCAACUCAAGGUCUCAGGCCGAGGCUUGAAGCAAGAAUCGCUAGCCUCGAGACGGUGCUCGGCUUCGUCCUGUCCAAAGUCGACGAGCAAGCAUCCAAAACGGACGUGUUGAAAACCGCGAGCGAUGACGAGAGGCAGAGGUAUAGGAAAGCAUGGUGGAGCAGCAGCUUCAGAAGCAAUCUCGAACCAGAGUUUGGAUUUGACGAUGAUCUGGUCACCACGCUCCCACUCGUCGACAAGACCGACGACGCCAGAUCGUCAUCUCUGAAACCAACCGAUACCAUCGACAAAAGCGAAGCCGACGAUUCCGACGUCGAUCUAGCCCUACCUCCCACCCAUCGGCAUCAUCUGUCCACCACAUCCCCCUCCAACCCCCUAACGAUCCACCCACCCGCCACCGCAAACACCACCGGCUUGGACUCAGACACCAUCUCCGACUCUGACUCCGACUCGAAUCACUUCGCUCUACCCCUGCUAUCCUCCGGCGUUGGAGGCAGCUCGCUCAAUCGCGGCCUCGUUCCCCGAGGCGCAGAUCCCAACGCCGCUCUCGGUGGUUUCGAAAUCGAAUUCGGCGGCAACCAAACCGACGAAGAUUGGGUACGCAGCUUCGUUCCCCCUUCCCAACGCUCAAGGCGUCAGCACACCCCUACUGCCCACAGCACAGUGCUCAAGCACAACCGUUCCCCUUGA